AGUGAGCUGGACUAUGACAUCGCAUUGGUUAAAGCUGCCACGGACAUCCAAACCAGUAACUUCAUCCGCUAUGCCUGCCUGCCGCGCAAGCAGAUCAACCUUAAACCAGGGCACUACUGUUGGGUGACUGGCUGGGGUGACACACGAGGUGGAAAUGAAAAUGUGUCACUUGCUGAGGCUCUGAACCAAGCUCGGCUCCCAAUCAUUGACUAUAUGACCUGUCGGCAGAAGAAGUUCUGGGGUGACCGCGUGAGAGACUCCAUGAUUUGUGCUGGCUUCCGAGAUACAGAGGGGACCCCAGCCGCAUGCCAAGGUGACUCUGGUGGCCCUCUGCUGUGCCAGGUGGGGCGUGACCGCUGGGAGGUCCGCGGCAUCGUGAGCUUCGGUCCUAUCGGAUGCACAGUGGAGAACAAGCCCAGCGUCUUCACUCGCACCGCAGCCUACAUCCCAUGGAUAGAGGCCACACGCAUCAGGGACUUCUUCUUGCACUAAGUUCCAACCUCAAAGAAUUCCUUGUCCACAUUUGUAGGCAAAGGAAGAGUCAUUAUUUCAAGAUUUAGUGCCAUGUCCUGGGUCUGGGUCCGGCCCAUGGACCUGCUCAUCCAUUUGUGGUCCGUGCGCUGGAAGCUGGUGUAUAGCAUCACAACCACCAGCCACCAAGUUAGGGUAGUUUGCUCCGGUUUAUGGGUCAUUUCUCCGCUAUGCAUGUGAGAUGGGCUUUGCUGUAGAAUAUGAACUGCAAAGUUUUAACUGCUUUCAGCUAAAUCUCACUGAUCUCCACCUUGUGUUCGACAAGCCAAGCAACAUCUGUAAAAGUCCUGGCUAUUCAACAUUACACUCAUCAGUUCAGUUGGCCUUGUUUUUUUCUGUAGAGGACUGGCACAUACAUUUGCCCUUUCAUGGGCAGUCCAACGUUCAGUUCUUAAGGUGCUUUGACGGUCAGCAUCAAGUAGUGAUAGGAAAUUUCACCUGUUGUGGGAGACA